UCCCCUCCCGCGGCUCCCGCUCGGCGGCUGUGGCGGCAGGUGAGGAUGCGGCUGGGCGCGCGCCCCCGCGUCGGCGGCCGCCGGGGCUGAGGUUGCUGCCAUGGCUGUGCCGGGCGCUGGGGCGGCGGCCACCGCCGGCGGUGGCGGUCCGUGCCCGCUGUGGACAGCGCUGUACGACUAUGAGGCGAGCGGCGAGGACGAGCUGAGCCUGCGGCGGGGGGACGUAGUGGAGGUGCUGUCGCAGGACGCGGCCGUGUCCGGCGACGACGGAUGGUGGGCGGGGAAGAUCCGCCACCGUCUCGGCAUCUUCCCCGCCAACUACGUGACCCGGCAGCCCUGCGGCGGAGCGGCUGCGGCGGGCAGCGGCAGCGGGCAGAGGGACCCCCCGGGGAGCCUGACGGAGAUCGACUUCCAGCACCUGGAGCUGCAGGAGAUCAUCGGGGUGGGGGGCUUCGGGAAGGUGUACCGGGCCACCUGGCGCGGCCGCGAGGUGGCCGUGAAGGCGGCGCGGCAGGACCCCGACGAGGACAUCACGGCCACAGCGGAGAGCGUGCGGCAGGAGGCCAAGCUGUUCUCCAUGCUGAGGCACCCCAACAUCAUCGCCCUGCACGGGGUCUGCCUGCGGGAGCCCAACCUCUGCCUUGUUAUGGAGUUCGCCCGCGGCGGCUCCCUCAACAGGGCCCUGGCCGCCGCCGCUGCUCCCGGGGCCGGGGCUGCCCGCGGGGGCCUCCGCAUCCCCCCGCACAUCUUGGUGAACUGGGCGGUGCAAAUUGCCCGCGGCAUGCUUUACCUGCACGACCAGGCCAUCGUCCCCAUCCUGCACCGGGACCUCAAGUCCAGCAACAUUUUGUUGCUAGAGAAGAUGGAACAUGAUGAUAUUUGUAAUAAAACUCUGAAGAUUACAGACUUUGGUCUGGCUAGAGAGUGGCACAGAACAACCAAAAUGAGUGCAGCAGGGACAUAUGCGUGGAUGGCUCCAGAAGUUAUCAAGUCUUCCAUGUUUUCUAAAGGAAGUGAUAUUUGGAGUUAUGGAGUGUUGCUGUGGGAACUGCUUACAGGAGAAGUUCCUUACCGUGGCAUCGAUGGCCUUGCUGUGGCUUAUGGAGUUGCUGUCAAUAAGCUUACUUUGCCCAUUCCAUCCACCUGCCCUGAACCAUUUGCAAAACUUAUGAAAGAAUGCUGGGAGCAGGACCCUCAUAUCCGACCAUCGUUUGCCUUAAUUCUUGAACAGCUUACUGCCAUAGAAGGGGCAGUUAUGACUGAAAUGCCUCAAGAAUCUUUCCAUUCCAUGCAAGAUGACUGGAAGUUGGAAAUUCAGCAGAUAUUCAAUGAAUUGAGGACCAAGGAAAAAGAACUUCGAUCACGAGAAGAGGAGUUGACAAGAGCAGCACUUCAGCAAAAAUCUCAAGAAGAAUUACUUAAACGCCGUGAGCAGCAGUUAGCAGAACGAGAGAUUGAUGUACUGGAGCGUGAGCUCAAUAUCAUGAUAUUCCAGUUAAACCAAGAGAAACCUAAUGUGAAGAAGAGGAAGGGCAAAUUUAAAAGAAGCAGGUUAAAACUUAAAGAUGGACACAGAAUUAGUUUGCCUUCAGAUUUCCAGCACAAAAUAACAGUGCAGGCAUCCCCCAAUCUGGAUAAGAGGAGGAGUUUAAACAGUAACAGCUCCAGUCCAUCAAGUAGCCCCACAAUAAUUCCUCGUCUUCGAGCUAUACAAUUGAUUCCCAAAACAGAUACACACACAACUAAUGGCCGAAGAAACAGUGUAUAUGUGUACCAGCAAGAUGUAGAUAUCACAAGUGAAUGUGAACUUCCCAUUGAGGUUAUGAAAAAAGGCAAGAUUUCAUUGUGUUUCAAAGUAACUUCAGAUGAAAGCAACAGAACUUGGGGAAGGAGCACAACUUAUCACCAAGAAGAGUUUGAAGAUGUGAAGAGAAGUUUUAAAAAGAGAGGUUGUACAUGGGGACCAAGUUCAGUUCAAAGCAAGGAUCGUGCAGAUUGUAAGGACAAAAUAAGACCCCUUUCAGACGGCAGCAACCCUUGGUCGACUGUUUUAAUGAAAAAUCAGAAGGGUGUUCCCUUAGCUUCACUAUUUGUGGACCAAGGUGUCUGUACUGAUAAGAAGCUUCUCCCUGAAGGUUUGGACAGUAAAAGACCAAAGCCUAUUAAGUUGCCGAAUCAGGCCUAUAUAAAUCUACCUCUGUGGAAAGAUGAUCAGGGAGAGAAUACACUAGAACAUGAGAGCUUUGAAGAAGGAACCUCUGCUAGUUCUACAAAUAGUACUCCUCAAAUGACACCUACAAACAGUCUGAGCAGGACGCUGCAGAAGAAGAAGACUGAUUCAGUACUGUAUGGCUGUGCUGUCCUGCUUGCAUCUGUUGCUCUGGGUUUAGAUAUCAGAGAGCUGAACAGACCACAGGGUCCAGAUGAGCUCUUGCCUAAGGAUGAGAAGAAGAAGCGUGAUGGAAUAUUUCAGCGAACUUCAAUAUUUCGUAGGAGUGCCAGCCCUACACGACUACAGACCAAGAAAGAGGAAACAAGUAUUCCAACCCUAAAUCCAGCUGCAAAUACUGUGAAUCUUCUCUCUAUGCCCUCCAUUUCUACAAAAUGUUUACUUCAGCCUGACAGUGAAGAUGCAUUUGUAAGCACUGUGCUUGAUGAUUGUGGUCCAUGUAGUUCUACUGAUGACUUUUCAUCUGAAACUUCAGAAAGUAAGAGAGAACAGAGGAUACAGCUGGCUCCUAACACGGUUUCUACUCGAUUAAAAACUCGGCCUUUUGAUCUUUGUCAGAAGGAAGAAUCUCAGAAUCUGCAAAAUGAUUCCUUGACAAAGUUAAGUGUGUUGGGUCACAGACGAACCUUAUCAGAUGGGAACAACUUUCAGACCACAGCUAAUGGAUUUGCUUCAACCAAUGUUGACUCCACAUUACCAGUUCUAUCAGUUACUGGAACUCUGCACUCUCCAUCUGUUCAACAAAGAAGCAAUCGCAAUGGUGUUUCAACUGAAAAGCAAAGCGCUGUCAAUAUUAUAUCAAGGCCUCGACCUUCUUCUCUCAGAAGUAAAAUUGAUUCAUGGCAGAUUAUUCCACGUAUUAUUAAACCAAACUCUAAAGACUCUGAAUGUUUAGAGGGCGGUCUAGAUCCAGAUGUUACCUUCUUGCCAGAUACUGAGAAAAGAACUAACUGCCACAUGCCCUCAUUACUUGACAUUGAUGUGGAAGGUCAAAACAGAGACUGUACUGUGCCUUUAUGUAGAAUGAAGAGCAAAACUUGUCGACCAUCUAUAUAUGAACUGGAGAGAGAGUUUCUGUCAUGAGUGCCUUUCGUUUUUAAAAUGUUUGCUUUUUAAAGGGGAACAAAUAUAAAAUUCUUGUCAAUCUGAUGCUUUGUGCUGCUGUUUCCUGAUGUACUGUGACAAAGAGUACCAAAAUUAUUAAAAUGGGCAGCUAAUCAAGAAA